AUGGAUGAGAAUAUCAAUGACUUUGACGAUGAGAGUAAUGAUGAGCUUGAAUUGUACGUAGUACUGCAAGUUGUAAUGCAAGAGCUAUUUGCCUUAUGCACUGUAGCUUCUGUUGUCAUUCAAGUUAUCUUGAAGAAGUAUUUAUCUAGGUAUCCACGUAAUCUUAUUAGAGGACCCAAUCGAUUGCAAGAACAAAUGGAUCAUAUUAACCGUUUAGUGAGAGAAAGUGACAUAACAUGCAUUGAACAACUCCGUAUGGAUCGUCGUUCUUUUAUGACUUUGUGCAAUAUGAUUCAUGCAAUUGGUGGGUUAGGACCUUCAAAACAUGUCACUUUAGAAGAGAAGGUGGCCUUCUUCCUAUUCAUUUUGGCACAACAUUUGAAAAUACGAAAUGUUAAGUUCAAUUUCUAUAGAUCUGGACAGACUGUCAGUCGAUAUGUCAAUGAUGUGUUAAAGGCUGUGCUACGCCUGCAAGCCAACUUACUUAGUACACCAAAUCCUAUUACCGAAGCAAACACAGAUCCACGGUGGAAUUGCUUCCAGAAUUGUCUUGGAGCACUUGAUGGCACCUAUAUUAGAGUUCGUGUACCCCUGAUUCAUCAAGGAAGAUAUAGGACAAGAAAGGGAGAUAUUGCUACUAAUGUUCUAGGAGUUUGCUCCCAACAAAUGAAUUUCAUAUAUGUGUUGCCGGGGUGGGAAGGGUCAGCGGCCGACUCUAGGGUUUUAAGAGAUGCGAUCAAUCGGCCUAAUGGCGUAAGGAUUCCAAAUGGUUACUACUACCUAGUGGACGCGGGCUAUACAAAUGGGCAAGGAUUCUUAGCACCUUACCGUGGUCAGCGAUACCAUGUGUCUAUUUGGAGAGAAGGGGCAACUCCAAGUAAUUACCAAGAAUAUUUCAAUAUGAAACAUGCACAAGCCAGGAAUGUCAUAGAAAGGUCUUUUGGAUUGUUGAAAAUGAGAUGGGCAAUACUUCGCAGUGCAUGA